GAAGAAUUAUCAUAUCAACAUAAAUAAAUAUACGUCAAGAGGAUUCCAUUUGUUUUCAUUGGGUAGUAGUCAUGUUGGUUGCGGCUGAUGCGUCAACGCAAACGACGGGAACGGCACUGGCGUAAGGUGCUAAUUGGACCGUUCCCGCAACCCAAAACCCCAAGAACUAAUUUGUAUCCGACGCACACACGACACCUAACAACUGGGGCCCACCUAAUGGUGUUGGCCUGCGAAGAUGCCUUCAACAAACACCGAAGACUUGCGGCGAAAGUUUCUCGUUGUGCAGCAACAACGUUCCGCGCCACCCAACCUGGUCAGCGACACUCUCGCCCAACAACAACAACAGCAACAGCAGCAGCAACAACAACAGCAACAUCUCCACACAAUGAUGACAACAACACCCAUGGUAAUGGGGGCCAACGGAGAGCCGGAGCGCACCUAUGUCUUUCCGGGCACACAUCAGGUGGGCAAUACAGUCGCAGGUAGCAUGUCUGGUGGGCCAGGCAUACCGGGCGUGGCCAUCAUAUCCAGCGGCAACAGCACUCUAAACCCGGCCGGACCCUCGCGCGGUGGACAUGCGCGUUCAGUCAGUCAUGGUGGGGGCGCUAUUGUUGCUGUCGGUGCUGGCGGUCGUCCCAUAAAGUCGGCCAUGAAGGGCCACCAGCGUGCCUUCUCGCAGGGCCAGAUUACGGACUCGCCGCCCGGUAGUGGUGCGCCAGCGGGUCGUGGCCACAGUCGUGUCGGCUCCAAAACGGACUUCAUCCUGCCACCUGGCCACAAGGAUGAGCCGGUCAGGGAGCGCGAAUUCGGCCCAUCGGCGCCGAGCUCGGCGACUAGCGGUCGUGGCCAUUCCCGACAGGCAUCCCGCUCCGAAUCCAUCUACACGUUGCGGCGCACCGAGGCGCCGCCGUGGUGGAAACGCAUCAGUCUGUGCAACUACAACACCAACGAUAAGUUUGAGGAGCGCAGCUAUCGCAUGGUGGUGCCCAAUCACACAGUGCCGCCCAAGACACCCAAACGGGAGCAUCCCAACGGUCAAUUUGUGGGCAACAAAAUACGCACAACAAAAUACACGCUGCUCUCGUUCAUACCGAAAAAUCUGCUGGAGCAGUUCCAUCGCGUUGCAAAUCUGUAUUUCAUUUUCAUUGUGCUGCUCAACUGGGUGCCGGCCAUCAAUGCCUUUGGCAAGGAGGUGGCCAUGAUUCCUGUCAUCUUUGUGCUGGGCGUGACGGCCGUCAAGGAUCUGUUUGAGGAUCGGCGACGACGAGCGUCUGACAAACGCAUCAAUAAUACUACUUGCAGGGUAUACGACGGUGAGACGGAGCGCUAUAAGAAAACAAAAUGGCAAGAUUUGCGUGUCGGUGACAUUGUCCAUUUGUCCAACAACGAGACGGUGCCAGCGGAUAUCCUCUUGCUGCGGACCAGCGAUCCCCACGGAGUCUGCUACAUUGACACCUGUGACUUGGAUGGCGAAACAAAUCUGAAGCGUCGCGAGGUUGUACGUGGCUUCACCGAAAUGCAGAACAUAUUUGUACCCAGCAAGUUUACGAGCUUCGUCGAAGCAGAUGCGCCAACAACAAAGCUGUAUAGAUUCCAUGGGGCCUUAAUACAUCCAACUGGGGAGCGUGUACCCAUUUCGACCGAGUGCCUUUUGUUAAGAGAGAGCAGACUGAAGAAUACGGACUACAUUGAGGGCAUUGUUGUCUAUGCCGGACAUGAAACGAAGUCCAUGCUAAAUAAUAGUGGUCCAAGGUACAAACGCUCCCAGGUGGAACAGCAAAUGAAUAUUGAUGUGAUAUGGUGUGUGAUAAUAUUGUUGAUCCUUUGCGUUGUUGGCGCCAUCGGCUGCACAAUGUGGCUGGGCUCCUUUGUUAACUUCCCCGUGCCCUAUUUGCCAUUUGACGUUAAUGCUGCCUUAGAGGGCAUGCUCACAUUCUGGACAUAUAUUAUAAUACUGCAAGUGAUGAUACCGCUCUCCCUCUACGUGACCAUUGAGCUGUGCAAGAUACUGCAGGUGUACCACAUACACAACAACAUCGAUCUGUACGAUGCGGACACCAACAAGCAGACGGAAUGCAGGGCGAUGAACAUCACUGAGGAACUGGGCCAAAUACAGCACAUUUUUUCAGACAAGACCGGCACAUUGACCGAAAACAAAAUGAUCUUUCGUCGCUGCGUUGUCAACGGUGCUGAUUAUAAUCAUCCCCCAUCGGAGCUGGAGAAAUUGUAUGCGAAGCCAGGAGCGCCAGCGCCGCCCCUGUUGCCUAACGAGUCGCUGCACGAUGAUAUGCAGCAGUUGGUCGGGGUGGGCGUUGGUGCCUAUCUGACGCCCAAUGCACAGUGCAUCCAGGAAUUUCUGGUUGUGUUGGCCAUAUGCAACACGGUCAUCGUGAGUGCGGCGCCGCAUCGGGAUCUCAUGAACGCCAGCGGCAUCAUCGAGUUGCAACAGAGCGCGACCAGUCCGACCACGGUAGGCCCCUCACCCUCCACCCUAAAGCAUGUCAGACCGCGUCGCAAUCUGGUGAGCACAACGACCACAACGACAACAGCCACAACCAUUAUGAAUGGGACACCGCAGCCAGGAGCCGGUGUCUUGGCAGAUCGUUAUUCGCUACUGCCUGAAUCGCGUUCGGUGACUCCGUCACCGCCACCCAAUUUGCUGUUUGCCAUGCCCGCACAGAGUCAUCAGCCGACGCUCUCGCCGAUCAGCAGUUCACCGGAGUCGACGCCUGGCUCGGAGUCGCCAUCGCCGCCCAUGAAGAACAAGGCGCUGUCCAAUAGCAUUUCACCGACGGGUCGCGCCAAGGCUGUCAUCAACUCCAAGAUCACCAGCAUAGCCACAUUUCUCAAUGCCAAAACGCAUGGCAAACGCAUGAAGAUCAACCAAACGAAGACGCAAACUAUAUACAGAACCGCUGACGGUCGUCCUCUGUAUGAGGCUGAGAGUCCCGAUGAGCUGGCGCUUGUCAAUGCCGCAUAUAGCUACGAUUGUUGUCUACUAAAUCGCAGCCCUAAUCACAUCCUUGUUGGCAUGCCAACGGCAGGCGCCACCGUUGAGUAUGAGAUACUUAAAAUACUGCCCUUCGAUUCAAGCCGCAAGUGCAUGUCGAUUGUUGUCCGUCAAACAGGCACCCAAGAGAUUAUCCUCUACACAAAAGGCGCCGACAGUUCCAUUAUGCCCGUACUGGCGCCCUGUCCGCACAACAGCCCUGAAUGCUUGCUCCGUGAGCAGACGCAACAGCAGCUGGAUCGCUAUGCACGGGAAGGUCUUCGGAUUCUGGUGAUGGCAAAGCGUACCUUAAAUGCUAGUGAUUAUACGGACUGGUGGGCGCAUCAUCAGGAUAUUGAGAUGUCACACGAGAAUCGGGAGCGCCGGCUGCGCGACUCAUUCGCCAAGCUGGAGAGCAAUCUGACGCUGUUGGGCGCCACAGGUAUUGAGGAUCGCUUGCAGGAUGGUGUGCCUGAGACGAUAGCAUCGCUAAUCGCAGCGGGCAUUUCAAUAUGGGUGCUAACCGGCGACAAGCCGGAGACGGCCAUCAACAUUGCCUACUCGGCCAAACUCUUCACACAGCAAAUGGAGCUAAUCAAGCUAACCGCUCGAUCUCGGGAUGCAGCGGAGACGGCCAUUAAUUUCUAUUUGACGGAAAUGAAGAAUGCCAAGGCGACUAACUCCGUUGGCUACUGCCUAACGCCGCGCAGUAAACCCCGCGCUCUGGUCGUGGAUGGAAAAACGCUUACCUUCAUCUUGGAUCCCAAGUCAAAGUUAGUGCCGACAUUUCUAAAGCUGGCUAAAGCGUGCUCCUCGGUGCUCUGCUGUCGUUCAACGCCACUGCAAAAGGCCUACCUGGUCAAAGUGGUCAAAGAGGAACUCAAUCUGCGCACGCUGGCCAUUGGUGAUGGGGCCAACGAUGUGUCCAUGAUACAAAUGGCUGAUGUCGGCGUAGGCAUCUCCGGUCAGGAAGGCAUGCAAGCGGUGAUGGCAGCCGAUUUUACACUCUCACGUUUUCGGUACCUGGAACGCCUGCUGCUCUCCCAUGGCUAUUGGUGCUAUGAUCGACUGGCGCGCAUGAUUCUAUACUUCUUCUAUAAGAAUGCGGCAUUUGUUUUUCUGAUAUUCUGGUAUCAAUUAUACUGUGGCUUCUCCGGUUCUGUGAUGAUGGACCAAAUGUAUCUAAUGCUUUACAACUUGCUAUUCACUUCACUGCCGCCCCUGGCGAUUGGUGUCUACGAUAAUCGAGUGCCGGAGGACUUGCUAUUAAAAAAUCCAUAUCUAUACAAAAAUGGUCGCUUGGGUGUGGUGUAUAGACCGCAUGACUUUUGGCUGAUACUCCUAGAUUCCCUCUAUCAAUCUCUUGUCAUAUUCUUUGUUGCACUGUGCGCGUAUGCGGAAAGUGAUGUGGGUAUCUGGGAAUUUGGUACGACCAUCACGGCCAGCUGUCUGUUUGCGAAUUUAGUGCACUGUGCCAUUGAAAUACGUUCCUGGACGGUGCUCCAUGUCAUAUCAAUUGUAAUCAGUUUGGGCUCCUUUUAUCUGUUCUCCAUUGUAUACAAUUCGAUGUGUGUCAACUGCUUCGGACUGCCCUCAACCUAUUGGGUAAUCUUUAAAUGUUUUGCCUCUGCGGUGCACUGGCUUGUUAUAUUGCUAUCCACAGUGGUUGCUGUGCUGCCUCGCCUGGUCCUUACUACAGUGCGCACAUCCAUGUGUCCAGACGAUAGUACCAAAGUCAUUUUAAACAGCAAACGCGAGCGCACCAGAGAAUCGCCGAUUAUGGGUCUAAGAAUCAGAUUAUAACAUCGAUUACCUGAUCCAGCGCCAAACUGCAACGUUUUCAUCCGCAACAUCAUAAUUCAAAAUCAAAUACUUACACAUGUGCUUUCAGUUUAAAUAUGUGGCCUUUAGACACCGAUUUAUAUUAGUUUAAUUGUAGAUGAUUAGUUGACCAACUCCAGCUCUCUAGUUUCUGAAAUUAGCGUAGAUAUACACUUAGUAUAAAUUUGAAUUGAAUGUAAAUCAAUUAGCGACUAUAGCACACUAAGUAAUAUUUGUUAGAACAUUGUUUAUUUCGGGCUCAUCACUACGAUUCCCAUGCAACCUAAUUACACGUUUUAGUUGAAAUGUUUGCCUUAAUAUUGAAACGCAUCAAUGAGACGCAUUUGUAUCAGUUAUACAUGAAUGUCGUCAUUUAUGAAUAUUUAUUUGUAUAUAAGUAGUAAGUUACUUUAUGUACGUAAUUUGCCUAGGCAUAUUUAGUGCGUAUAGCCAGCCACCUAUAACCUAGUUUAAUCCUAACUUUUGUGACGCACCUAUUGUUAAACAUAACUGAUUAAAAUAAUACCACAUUGAUAUAGAUGUUUGCGUACAAUGCAUAUGGAUUAUUUAAGCGACUAUCACUUUGUAUAUGUAUGUAUGUACUGUAUAUCACCAUAAAUGAUAACUUUAAAUACUGGACAAUUCAAACAGAACAGGACCAUAAUGUUCAAUGUUCGCGAAAAGGCUGUGAUUCUACACUCAUGAGAAAUAUACCUAUACAUAAGAAACCCCAAUUAACUCUACUUAGUUUCUUUAUUUCAAGUAUUACUAAACAAAAAAAAUGAUAUAGUGUAUCUUUUAGUUUGUUGCAUAGGCAAGAGACUUUUUUACUUUUUUUAAUUUAAACAAAUGACAAAUGAUUAAAUUAUUAUAAUCACAUAGUUGUUCUAAACUAUUAACAUUAGUUAUAUGUAAAUCGUUUCGAAAGAGAACAAUUAUAAAUGCAAUAAUAUUGUGUACGUUAAAAAGAAAACAACAAUAACAACAACAACAACAACAAAACAAAACAAACAUUAGCUGAAUAUUUACAUUGUUGAAACGCUAAAAAUCAUUGAAUCAAAUAAAUGUAUAUUUACUUAAAAAAUAA